AUGAAAACUGCACCAACAUUGUGUUCAAAUGAUGUAUUGAGACUUGAGAUCACAUACCACAAUCUCAGUGUUGUGGCUGAGCUUAGUGGAGAGAUAAGAAUCAAAGCAACUCAAAGUAUUGGGAAUCUAUCUUGGGCUCAAUUCUCAAGAGUAAAAGAGCUAGAUUGUGAAGACCGAUUCAAUGUUCUUUUGGUGGAGGAAAUGCAAUUGCCAUUAGCCAGCUGUUAUUCUGUUGUGAUAGCUGAUGUUAGUUGGUUUAGCCAGUUGUCAUUCUGCUGUGACAACUGGAGUUUGUUGGGAAAAGAUCUAGCUUGUAGCCCAAGAUAUUCCUCUGUAUAA